CUGAGCAGGUAAGGUGAGUAAGCUGUUUGAGAGGGGCUCCGAUGCCUCUGCCUCCUGGAUCAUCUCACCAUGUCCUACUUAUAUCACUCGAGACACCGAGCACUUGAGAAAGCACCAUCACAUCUCUUCUCAAGUUGUUCACCAUGUUCGCCAAAGAGGAAAACCGUCUGAUCUUCAGUUUUGACGCCGACAAGCUCUGGAUCGAGCCCUGGGGCAAGAAUGCCCUUCGCAUUCGGGCCACUCAGCUCAAUGAGAUGCCUGCCGAGAACUGGGCCUUGGACGAGGUCUCGGGCUCCAACGCGGUGGUCGAGAUUGGGGAGAAGUCAAGCUCCUUGACCAAUGGAGAGAUCAAAGCCGUAGUCACAGCCAAGGGCAAGUUGACUGUCUAUGGUCACGGAGGCAAGAUCAUCCUUGAUGAAGCUGUUCGCAACCGCCGCGAUGUUCUGGAUCCCAAGUGCAGCGCAAUCGACCGAGAAGCCCGCGAAUUCCAAGCCAUCCCAUCCACAAACGAUUACCACAUUGUCUGGCGGUUGGAGUCUCUCGACAAGGACGAAAAGAUAUAUGGUAUGGGACAAUACCAGCAACCCUACCUCGAUCUCAAGGGUCUUGACCUUGAGCUGGCCCACAGAAACUCGCAAGCAAGUGUGCCUUUCGCCGUGUCUUCCCUCGGUUAUGGUCUUCUCUGGAACAACCCUGGUGUUGGAAGAGCCGUUUUUGGCAAAAACCUCAUGUCUUUCGAAGCCUUGAGCUCCACAGUCCUGGACUGUUGGCUGGUAGCUGGAGAGACACCUGCCGAGAUCGUUCAAGCAUACGCCGGAGUUACGGGCAAAGUUCCCAUGAUGCCAGAGUAUGGUCUCGGAUUUUGGCAAUGUAAACUCCGCUACCAGACACAAGAAGAACUUCUUGAGGUUGCUAGAGAGUACAAGGCUCGUCAAUUGCCCAUCGACCUCAUCGUCAUCGAUUUCUUCCAUUGGCCCCUGCAGGGAGAGUGGAAGUUCGACCCGACUUACUGGCCAAAUCCCGAAGAGAUGGUUCGCGAGUUGAAGGAGAUGAACAUUGAGCUUAUGGUCUCCAUCUGGCCCACUGUGGACCGAAGGUGCGAGAACUACGAAGAAAUGGUAGAGAAGGGGCUGUUGAUCAGAUGCGAUCGCGGUACAAGAAUCUCCCUAGACUACAUGGGCAAUACCGUCCAUUUCGACGCUACCAACCCCGAAUCAAGAGACUAUGUCUGGAACAAAGCCAAAAAGAACUACUUCGACAUGGGCAUCAAGACCUUCUGGCUAGAUGAAGCCGAGCCUGAGUAUUCAAUCUACCACUUUGACAAUUGGAGAUACUGGAAAGGCUCGAAUGUUAGCAUCGGCAACAUUUAUCCUAAGGAGUACGCUCGUGCCUUCUACGAGGGUCAACAAGCUGCGGGCCAAGAGAACAUCGUCAACCUAUUGCGUUGCGCAUGGGCUGGCAGUCAGAAGUAUGGCGCCCUCGUAUGGAGCGGAGAUAUCGCCUCAUCUUGGUACAGUCUUAAAAACCAAUUUGCUGCUGGACUCAACAUGGGUAUGGCAGGCAUCGCUUGGUGGACCACUGAUAUCGGUGGUUUCCAUGGUGGUCACCCGGACGACAAGGACUUCCGGGAGCUGUUCACAAGAUGGUUCCAGUACGGCGCGUUCUGUCCUGUGAUGCGCUUGCAUGGAGACCGUGAACCUCAUAUGCCGCAACAUGGUACAACCGGUGGCGCAACCUGUCUAUCAGGAGCUCCGAACGAGGUCUGGUCAUAUGGCCCAGAAGUCUACGAGAUCUGCAAGAAGUACAUGAAGAUCAGAGAAGAUAUGAGAGAGUACACUCGCAGUCUCAUGAAGGAGGCCCACGAGAAAGGUUCUCCAAUCAUCCGCCCUAUCUUCUACGAUUUCCCUCAAGACAAGAAGGCAUGGUCAAUUGAGGAUCAGCAGAUGUACGGGCCCAAGUACUUAGUCUCACCAAUUCUUAACCCAGGCCAGCGUAAGCGCACGGUUUACCUUCCUGCCGGAGCAACCUGGAAGUCCUUUGAGGGCGACGAAGUCUAUGAGGGUGGCCGUGAAGUCGAGGUUGACUGCCCCAUGGACACUAUGCCUGUUUUCGUAAAGCAAUAGACCACUUUGUUCCCGGAUUGGAUUAUGAUACAGUAGGUAUGCAUUAGACAGCAAUAAUAAAAUCUGAAUUCGCUCCAUGCCAAG